AUGGACGAAGGAGAGGCUAGUCGUAGAAGCGAAGAUGAUUCUACCGAUCGCGACAACCAGCCUCAAAUAGAUAAAGGAGAGUUUGAUGAUCAAAAUGAAGUCGAGGAAAGCGGAGGCAAAGAAUCUGAAAGGAAGUCACCUGCCAGUGAAGAAUUAGAAGAAGGGGAGGUAUGCAGUGACGAAGAAAAAGAAAAUACGAAGCAAGACGUAAAUAUUAGUGAGGAAGAAUCUUCAUCCAAAUUGGACCAAGGUGAAAUUGAUCCACCCGUUGCAAAUAGUCAAGUUCGCGACAGCAAUAAUAGUGGUAAUGGUUUUGGCAUGGUAGAGAAUAGAUAUCGCAACAAUAGAAAUGAUGAUUUAAUGCGCAAUUAUGCUGCAGAAGAUUGCGAAGCUCCUCAUUCAUAUGACAGAGGUGGAUGGAAUAGAGACCAAGAGUUAAGGUAUGAUAGAGCUGCUCGUAAGCCUACCCCACCACCUGAUAGAUUAACUUCUGCAUGGGAGCUCGGGAUCAAGCAAGCGAGAGAGGCAAGAAAGAAAAGUGAAAAGAGAGGACAAACAAAAGAUUCACAAAUAGAUAGCUACGAAAGUCGAUAUUAUAAGGAUGAUUAUACCAAUACAGAUGAAACUAUUAGAAAAGAGAGAAGGGAUGAAAAUUACGAUUAUGAUCGUCGCGAUUCUAGAAGAGGAAACUUCAGGCGCGAUUUCUCUCCAUCGGAUAAGAGAAACUACGGUGGUCAUUCACCCUCAGAUGAUGGAUCCGAAGUAGGCUAUCAACGUUCUAAUCGCCGACCUGAUGAUUGGACUGACCCAUGGCGGAGAUCGCCAUUUAGAGCUAGACAUUCAUCGGGAUCUCAUUGGAAUCGAAAUGACAGAUAUGAAAGUAGACGACGAUAUUCCAGGUCGUAUUCUCGUGAUAGAAGUAGAACUCGUUCGAGAUCUAGGGAUAGGUAUCCUCGAUCACGUCACAGAUCUCCAUAUUUUAGAAGAUAUGAUGAAAGAGAGCCUUUCGAGCAUGGUGAUAACUCUCAUGGGAGAUAUCGAACCCCCUCGCCAAAUUACCGAAGUUCUAUGAACGAAAGAAGAUCAAGAUCGACAUCGAGAGGCCGUUACGAAAAAACCGGAUCGGAUAGACCUCAUUCGGGAUCUCGAUCUCCGUCAAGAUCUCCGCACUCUGGUAGAUCGCGGAGGAGUACGAAAUCUGGGCAGCAACCGAAUUCUUCUAAGCGGAAAGAGCAACUAUUACAAGAGUUGAAGGAUGUUGAAGAUGCAAUUCGAAGAAAAAAGACUAAGGGCAGCAUGCCCUUUAACGAUAAGGAAAUAUAA